AUGAACUACUCGAAAGAAAGUCUUCCAUCGGAUUCAUUAUUUCGAAUAGGUACAUUUCAAAACAAAGAUGUGCUCAUAUUUGAAUCCAGUCAAUCGGUGACAUUGAUUCGAAUAGUUAUGGUUAUCAUAUGUAUCCUUCUGGGACUCGUGACAUUGAUUAAUUUAAUAUUAGUUUAUGUGAAAAAUCGAGCUAUACUCAAACAAGAUCAGUUUUAUCGAUUGAUCGUACCGGUGAUUUUAUUAUUGAACAUUAUCUUCCAUGUGGCACACUACGCACACAAUAUAUAUGAUCCUGCUGGAUAUUUUGAACCGAAACAUCUUUAUGAGAAACUUAUUUUCAGUGAAAUGGAGCAAACGUUUUUAUUCAAUUUUCCUUUGUCGAUUUUAUUUAUCAUCGUUACUCGAAAAGUUUUAUCAUGCUGUACAAAACAACAAACAAAUCUUCAACAGAUGCUUUUCCUUACGGUACUGUAUUCUUUGUUAUCAAUGAUCAGCGGUGGACAUUACGCCUACGAACCGCCAUGGAAUUUUUCAUUGAUUUUCAACAUCACAAUUGCUGGUGAAACUACUGUUGCCUUCAUUCUAUUGUUGACAGCAGUGUAUGUUUAUCGGUCGAAUUUGAAGCAAACUUUCAAUCAUAGAUAUACUCGAUUGGUUAUGGAUGAAAACUCUGAUGUAGGAGUAUCAUUGGCUCAACAGCGACAGAUGAAAAGCAAGCUCAGUGAUGACGAAUGA